AUGCACGAGAAGCUACACAAUUUCCAACACAAUGGAGUUUCCGCCACCGUCAAAAAGGCUUCUUGGCUGCGAUACAAGGGGACAGUACAGCACGAUAUCUUGCUUCUGCCUGCUCGCCAACACAAGCAGAGUAGGAAAAGAAAAACCAAGACAGUGGCUGGUAGAUUGUUAGCGCGUGAGAUGCUUCAGCAACCUGACCAGCCCUCCCAACGAAACGCGCCGAAGCGAACAACAAAAUCGCAGAGAGACAGAAUUUCUACAAAAACGACAGCGAGUGGUAUGCACCACCAGGACCAGGGGCUUCAUCAAAAGCAAUACCACGAUCACAACCACGAGAACGAGCACAAACACGAAGAGGAACAAGGCAUGGAGAGCGAAUUGGUGCUAGUGCAGCAGCAGUCAGAAGUUGCUAGCAGUGAUACGGCUCUGUUCGAGUACGGGAGCGUCUUGGCGUCCUUAGGACGCACAGGUGAGCUGUGCGAGGGCGUCUUGGUGUCCUGA